AUGACGAACCCCUACCAACAAGGUUCCCAGGGCUUUCAAGAUUCGGACACACCUGCUUCCAGCUCGGGACUCUUGCCUCGUCGCUUUUCCUACGCCUCGGUCGUUUCAACAGGCCCCAACGACUCGACACCUUCGUUUCUAACCCAUCCGGGGCGCACCUCGGUCAUUUCACACCUCCUCAACGCACCCGACGACGCGGCCUUCGAUACCACGUCAAGCUAUAACAUCGGCACGGCAAGAGACGGGAUGGAGGCGGACACAAACGGCGCAGGACACGCGGCGAGGCCGUGGCGACACAGUUCUCAGCUGCCGUCCUUCUCCAAAGCCUUCAAUCUGUACAUGGCGAGCCAGGAUCCCUCCAACGACUCGGCUUCGGCAGACGGCAAGGCCUUCUUCGUCCCGUCAUACCUUGCCGGAUCAACAUUUGUGCAGAGGUUGCAGGAGCAGCACCGCUUGAAGCUUCAAGCCCAGAGAGAUUCGCAGAACCAGGCUUCCUCACCAGCGAGUCCAAGUGCCAUUACACUACACAGCAAGUCCCCGUCACAUCGAGGCCUGGCAUACGACGUUGUCGAGAAGCCACCGCCGCCGUCUGAAGAAGAUGAUGCCGUGUCGUCACUGCCGACCAAGUGGAACAAGGACGAUAAGUACGGCGCGCUCGAGGUGCUCGCCGACGGUCUUGAGAUCAGAUAUAGCGGACCACGAGGCCAGAGCGAGCGCGAGCGAGAACACGAAGCAUACAGCAUACGAGCAGACCACUACAUGCCACCGCAGUGCGGUAUCUACUACUAUGAGGUCACCAUCCUAUCAGGCAAGCGCGACGACACCAUGGUUGGCAUUGGGUUUUCUGGCAAGUCUGUGGCCCUCUCCAGGCCCCCAGGCUGGGAGCCCGAAUCUUGGGGCUACCACGGCGACGAUGGCCACUGUUAUGCCGCCCACAGCGGGGGAAAGUCGUACGGUCCUCUGUUUACGACCAACGAUGUUAUCGGAUGUGGUGUCAAUUUUCGGACAGGGUCGGCGUUUUACACCAAAAACGGCCACAUGCUCGGGCACGUGUUUAAGGACAUUAAGGGGAAUCUCUAUCCAUCAGUUGGGCUCAAGAAGACGGGCGAGCACGUUCGGGUCAAUUUCGGGCAGUCACCAUUCACAUAUGACAUCGACAACAUGAUGGCGAAAGAGAAGCUUCAUGUACGAAAAGAAAUAGCAAGGACAAGCACGUCGAGUCUUGCGCACAACAUGAAGGAAACAGACAUGAUCCAAGCACUGGUCCUGCAGUUCCUCCAACACGAUGGCUACGUUGAGUCGGCGAGAGCCUUCGCCCAGGAGAUACAAGGCGAAAAAAAGGCCCUCAGUCUGGAUCCCAACGCAGUCAUAGGCGACAUCAACGUCAAGGACGACGAACACGCUACAAAGAGGCAACACAUCAGGAGAGCUGUCUUGGAAGGAGAUAUUGACAAGGCGCUCAAGCAUACCGAUGCCUGCUAUCGCGAUGUUCUCAAGGACAACGAGCAGGUAUACUUCAGGCUGCGAUGUCGAAAGUUUAUCGAAAUGGUCCGUUCGGCGGCAGAGUUGAGAACAGCAGCAGAAGGCAAGAAGUCGAACGGACAUGCAGCUUCCAAUUUCCCCCACCAGGAGAUGGAUCUUGAUGCCAACGGCGCCGAGAAUGGAGCUUAUGAUCACGAUAUGGACGAUGGGGCUGGCAAGACGGGCAUUCUCGAGCGUCUCGAGCUUGAAACUUUACAAUAUGGCCAGGCUCUGCAGGCGGAAUACGUGAAUGAUCCCCGGAGAGAGGUGACGAAGGCGUUAGGCGACAUCUACGCGCUGUUGGCGUACACAAAUCCUCUGAAAGAGAAGGAGGUGGCUCACUUGCUCGAUAAGAAAGGGCGGGUCGCGGUUGCGGAAGAACUCAACUCCGCGAUUCUUCUCUCGCUGGGCAAGUCGUCUCGUUCGGCACUGGAGGAAGUAUACGCGCAAACAAGUGUGCUGCUUGAUGAUUUGCGGGAGAAUGGGGGGGCUGGCGCCUUUGUGUCCUUGCAGGAUGUUGUUGACGACAUUCCCAAGCCGCGGGACAGCUAG